UGAAAAAUUGAAUGAAUCAUCCUUGCCGCCUCGCAAGUUAUUCUAUAGUUCAUUGACAGAAGGCACGGUAUCCGAGAGCGAUUACGCGCACACUGUCAAUCUAUGGCAGCGGUUCUUCAUCCAAACGCUCGGUGAAUAUAGCGACCUGUAUCUAAAAACGGAUGUAUUGUUGUUGGCCGACGUCUUUGAAAAUUUCUGCGACAGUUGCGUCGCGAGGUACGGGCUCGACCCCGCAUACUAUUACACCUUGCCUGGCUUCACAUGGGAUGCCAUGUUGAAGCAUACAGGUGUAAAAUUUGAAUUGCUUACAGACAUUGACAUGGUCAUGUUUGUCGAGCGCGGUAUACGCGAUGGUCUGAGCCAGUGCUCAAACAGGUACGCGCGAGCCAACAAAUACAUACCGUCGUACGGCCCAUCAAAACAGUCAUCAUAUUUAAUGUAUUACGAUGUCAACAACCUCUAUGGCUGGGCAAUUUGUCAACCAUUGCCAAACGCCGACUUUCGAUGGGUCGACGACGUGCAAAAUUCCGACUUUUCGACUAUCGCGCUAGAUUCACCUACGGGCUAUAUUCUCGAGGUAGAGUUGGAAUAUCCGCAACAUCUCCACGACGGGCACACUGACGGGCUACCGUUCCGUCCAACGCGAGAGGAACCGCCCGGCAAGCGCGAUGAAAAGCUCCUCGCGACGUUAUGCGACAAACAGCGUUACGUGUUUCAUUAUCGCAACCUGCAGCAGUGUACUCGUCACGGCCUCCGUAUCGUAAAGAAAAAUUUAUAUAAACUUAUGAAUAACGCGGUAUUUGGUAAAACCAUGGAGAAUGUACGCGAUCGCGUUGAUGUAAAAUUAUUAACCAAAUGGGAAGGUAGAUACGGUGCUGAAGCAAUGAUCGCGAAACCCAACUUUUACAGUCGUAGCGUUUUCUCGGAGAAUCUGGUCGCGAUAGAACUGCGUAAGCUCGAGGUGAAGUUUGAUAAACCGAUAUACGUGGGUAUGUGCAUCCUCGAUAUAUCGAAAACGUGUUUGUAUGAAUUUCACCACGAAUUUAUGGCACCGUUAUUUCGCGAAAAAUGUAAAAUUAUAUAUACCGAUACUGAUAGUCUCAUAUACCAUGUAGAAUGUGACGAUGUAUAUGAAAUUAUAAAACGCGACAUAAAUAGAUUUGACACUAGCGAUUAUUCUAUUGACAACCCAUACAGUAUUCCGCUCGCAAAUAAAAAAGUUCCAGGUCUUAUGAAAGACGAGAACAACGGUGCCAUCAUGACUGAAUUCGUCGGGCUUAGAGCGAAAAUGUACGCUUUACGUGUGCAAGGAAAGAAGGAUACGAAGAAGGCAAAGAGUGUCAAAAGUAACGUUGUGGCAAGAUCCAUAACGUAUGAUGAUUUCACGCGAUGCUUAAACGACGCUAUUGAAAUGACGCGCAGACAAUCGUGCAUCAGAUCGAAAUUGCACGAGGUGUAUACAAUAUCGGAAACAAAAAUCGCUCUAAGUCCAUGUUGUGCGAGUGAGAUACAAAACGUAGCGCUUAGGCGCCACCUGUAG